AUGAUAUGUGAACAAACACCAAUUACUCCUACAUUUAAUGAGACCAAUCCCAACAUACCCGCUUCUUUUGAAUUUCAAACAACGCCGAUAACUAAACCUACGACCUCCAAACGAAAUUUAUCUGAAAUUGCAACACCUAACCCAGAAGAUACACCAGAUAUUACUAGUUCCUUAAACCCAAUAUCUUACUUUCCAACACCUGUUCCAAAAGUUCCAAAAAAAAAGUCGAAAGAUAAACCCUCAUUAGAAUUUCGAGGAUUGCCCCAAAAGAUAACCAAUUUUAUUGACAGUCACAAUCCCAAGUUCUCACUCGAUAGUCAACAAUUCACUGAUCUGUUAGAAAACACUUACGGUAGCAACAAUGCAUUAAGCAUUGCUAAAGACUAUACCGUACAUAUUACAUCUCGUAUAGAUAUGAUAAAUGAAAUACAUACCCAGGCUGAAGAUCGAAAUAUGAAAAUUAAAUGUAGUAGACCUAGUAAAAAAUUAACUAAACAACUGCUCGAACAUGUUGGUUCAUCUGACUGA